GUCAUCGACGUCCUAUAUUUCACUCAACACGUCCAAUCCUCAACAAAGAUCAAGCUUGCCUCACCACGCAAAUCGGGCGCACUUAUAUGCACCCUGAAAGUUGUCAUCGCGUUGAAUCGUAUCGUGGCUGGUUGGGCCCUGCUCGCUGCCCACUUGAUAGCCAACCUCAUCUCGAAUUCUUCGACGAGCACAGAUAUCCGUAGACGACCUCUGCUUCCAAGCUCGCCAUGUCUGGGCACAUGUAUGGAGGAGGCGGAUAUGGAGCUGGCAGCGGAGCAGGCGCUGGAUCAUCAGGUUCCAACGAGAAGCCAGAGCUAGGUUUAGACCAAGCCGCAGAGACGAGCUUCGUCGCAUUUUUCAGGAGCAUGACGCCGGCAUCGGAGGGCACGGUUCGACUGUUCGAUCGCGGCGACUUUUACUCCGCACAUGGUGACGCGGCAAUGCUGGUCGCUUCGACAGUGUUCAAGACGCACAGCGUCCUGAAGCAGCUCGGUAAGAGCUCCAAAGGCGGCGAGCUGUCGUCGGUGACGUUGAGCAGAGCGGCAGCUCGGGACUUUUUGAGGGAUGCCCUUACAGUCAAGCAGCUCAGAGUCGAGAUCUGGGCCGGUGGAGGGAAGCGCAGCAAUGUGUGGACAUUGGCAAAGCAGGCAUCGCCAGGCAAUUUGCAAACGGUCGAAGACUUGCUGUUCACUCACGCCGACCUCGUCACGUCUCCGAUCAUUCUCGCGCUGAGGCUCGCGAACGUAGAUGGGGUACGAACAGUAGGAGCAGCCUUUGCCGACGCUAGUUCACGCCAGCUCGGAUUGGCGCAAUUCGCGGACAACGAUCUUUUCUCAAAUGUAGAGAGCUUGGUGAUUCAGCUCGGCGUCAAGGAGUGCCUCAUUCCCGCAGACGAGAAGGACACCGAUUAUGACCUGUCAAGGUUGCGCACUGUCCUUGAUCGCUGCAAUUGCGUCCUGACAGGAAGGAGAAAGGGAGACUUCCAGCCCAAAGAUGUAGAGCAGGAUCUAUUACGUUUGUUAGCAGACACAUCAGCAGGCACAGCACAGCCUGAAUUCGGACUCAAGGUCUCGCUGGGAGCCUGCGCUGCGCUAAUCUCUUACUUGGAUCUCAUGACGGAGCAGCUCAAUUUUGGGCAGUACACCAUUCGCGAGCACGACCUGGGGCAGUACCUCCGCCUCGAUGCGAGUGCUUUGCGUGCUCUAAGCGUCUUUCCCGAGCCGGGUGCUACAGGAGGCAACAAGAGCAUGAGCAUUUACGGCCUGUUGAACAAGUGCAAGACGGCCCAAGGACAACGUAUGCUGGCUCAGUGGCUCAAGCAGCCGCUCGUGAACGUCUUGGAAAUCCGCAAGCGGCAUACGCUCGUCGACGCUUUUGUUGGACACAGCGAGGUUCGCACAGCACUGCAAAUGGAUCAAUUACGCAUGAUGCCAGACUUGCACCGCAUCAGCAAGCGCUUCCAGAUGGGUGUUGCUACACUCGAGGACGUGGUUCGCGUCUACCAAGCAGCGCUUCGCCUGCCCCAGAUGGCUGACUUGCUGUCCGAAGCGCGCUCCAUGGACGAGUCUUCUCAUGCUCUCGACGAAUCUUUCAUUGCGCCCUUCAAGACGCUACAAGAGCAGCUUUCAAGAUUCCUGGAGAUGGUCGAAGAGACAUUGGAUCUAGAUGAGCUCGAGCAUCACAACUUUGUCAUCAAGGCCGGCUUCGACGAUCGACUCCAGAGCAUCAAAGCGAGCCUGGACACCGUGCGAGACAACUUGGACAAUGAACAUCGACGAGUCGGCAAGGACCUGAACAUGGAACUCGACAAGAAGCUUCACAUGGAAAACCACAGCACGUACGGAUACUGUCUAAGGUUGACGCGUGCAGAUGCCAAAGUCUUGUCGGGCAAGAAAAAGGGAUACAUUGAGCUCGCUACAAUCAAGAAUGGUGUUCAUUUCACCACACCAGUGCUGCGAGAGCUCAGCGACGACUUUCGCAGCUUAUCCGAGCAGUACACCUCGCAGCAGGCAGGCCUCGUCAAGGAUGUCAUCGGCAUCGCCGCUUCCUACUGUCCUCCGCUGGAACGUCUCAACGUGCUGCUCGCCAACUUGGACGUGUUGCUCAGCUUUGCACAUGUCAGCGCGUGCGCACCGGUUCCCUACACAAGACCACAGAUUGUCGAGAAAGGUUCAGAAGCGCGGCUGCGCGUCGAAGAGGCGCGCCACCCGUGCAUUGAAGUGCAGGACGACAUUUCGUUCAUCGCAAACGACGUCGACAUGUCACCAGGAGAGUCCGAAUUCUUGAUCAUCACUGGACCCAACAUGGGAGGCAAGAGCACCUUCAUACGACAAGUUGGUAUCCUUGCUCUGCUGUCCCAAGUCGGAUGUUUCGUCCCUGCUGCCGAGGGAGCGCGGAUUCCUGUCUUCGACUGCAUCUUGGCUCGUGUCGGUGCAGGCGACAGUCAGCUGAAAGGCGUCAGCACCUUCAUGAGCGAAAUGCUAGAGACUGCCACCAUCCUCAAAACCGCAACCAAAGACUCUCUCAUCAUCAUCGAUGAGCUCGGACGCGGUACUUCGACCUACGAUGGUUUCGGCUUGGCAUGGGCCAUUUCGGAAUGGAUAGCUACUGAAAUCAGAUGCAAAACGCUCUUUGCGUCGCACUUUGCGGAAAUCACCAAUCUGGCGGUACAGCAGCCACACGUCAAGAAUUUGAAGGUACUGGCGCACGUCUCUGAGAAGAGCGAAGAGGGAGCAGCAAAUGCUGCGGCUACUUCAGAACAAGACAUCACACUGCUGUACCGCGUAGAGCCUGGCAUCGGGGAUAAGAGCUACGGGUUGCACGUCGCAGCGUUGGCAGGCUUCCCAGACAGCAUUUUGCGGCUGGCAAAGAGGAAGGCCGAGGAGCUUGAAGACCUUGAAGACGAGGAUACCGACUCUCCCCUAAAGAUGCCAAAGGACGCGACAGACAGAGGGACCGCAUUGGUGGAAGAGUUCCUACUCACCUGGGCCAAGCGCUCCGCGGCUCUUGAAGGAGCAGAUGACGAGAACGUUGGGAUGACAAACGGGUCGGAUCCCUCAAGUAAGCGCAGACGUACCGUCGAUCCGAAAGCUGAGCUGGCCGAACUUAGAAGGACGGUUGAAGAGUUUAGGCCAAGAUGCGAAGCUGAUCCAUGGGUCAAGGCUGUGCUGGAAAGCUUCUAGAAAUGCACAAUGCGCACAAGAUCUGCGCGGUUGCAGCGAUGCGUAGUCAGCGUUCGCUUCCAUGCUCAUUGAAAUGUCACUGAAUCAUUCACA